AUGAUCGGGUGUGCUCCCCGAGUUCAAGAAUUAAAAAUAGACCACGUUGAUGCUUCCUCCAAGAAUAUUCUUUUAUCUAACGAUGAUGGUUGGGCUGCUACCAACAUCAGAGCUACUUACUACAAGUUAAAGGAUGCUGGUUACAAUGUUUACAUGGUUGCUCCAGUAUCUCAAAGAUCUGGUUUCGGUGGUAAGUUUGAUGUUCCAGAUUCCCCAACCUUAGAAACCGACGGUGGUUUUGCUUAUCCACCAGCUGGUUCUCCAUCUUGGGGUCACGAACAAACUGAUGACCACAUCUGGUACUUCAAUGGUACUCCAGCUUCUUGUGUUGCUUUUGGUUUACAAUAUCUUCCAGAGUACUACAACAAGAGUCUUAAAUUCGAUUUAAUUGUCUCCGGUCCAAAUGAAGGAGAUAACUUAGGUGAGGCUGCUUACACCGGUUCUGGUACUAUUGGUGCCUCUUACAAUGCUAUUUAUCAAGGUGUUCCAGGUAUUGCUUUCUCUGGUAAUAACUUUAACAACUCUUUCUUCAAAGAUGACAUGAACUUAACUGAUAACAUGUCUCCAGCUACUAUUUAUGGUACCAAGAUUGUGGAAUUUGUUAACCUGGUUUUCGCUGCUCAAGGUAAGAACAAGCAAGUCUUACCAGCCGGUGUUGGUCUUAACGUUAACUUCCCUAAUGUUGGUUACUUAAACGAAACUUGUACCAACCCUAAGUGGGAUCUUACCUGGGUUAACUCCAGAUUAACCGGUGACUUUGCUUCUGGUGCUGAUAUUACUUAUAACAAGACUUCCGACUCUUUCGUCUGGACUCAAACUGCUUGGGAUGCUCUUGAAGUUUGUGAAAAUGGUGAUUGCAAGUUACCAUCUGAAAACUAUGUUGUUCAAUUCAUGAACUGUUCUGCUUCUGUAUCUGUUUUCAACGUUGAUUACGAUGCUAACUCCUACCUUGAAAGACAAGUUCAAAAGUCUUUAUCUGCUUUAUUCAACUAAGCUAACAUAACAAAAUUAACCAGAUGGUUAUUCAACUUUUAUUUUCUUCUCCGUCGUCCUUUUUGUUGUUUCUCAACGCUUUCUUUGUUUAUAGUUUUCUAACUAGAUACCUCCAAUAGAAAAGUUUGUUAUUGCAUU